GGCAGCAUCCGUUGCUUCCUGAAGGAGGUUUUAUUUUAUAAACGAAACUUAACUUAGUUUAUCUCUGUUUCACAAACAGGUUUGCGUCAUUAAGCAACAAAAUAUCUAUCAGAAGAAAGACAACUUUAUAGCCUGCGUCAUUAUGGCACAUUAUAAAGCUCCAGACCCCAAAAGGGAACAGUUUCGGAGAUACUUGGAGAAAGCUGGUGUUGUUGACAGUCUUACCAGUGUUCUGGUGGCUUUGUAUGAACAACCUGAAAAGCCCAGCAAUGCUCUGGAAUUUGUGAAGCAGCUUCUCAAUGCUGUCGGUCAGACUUCACCAGACACCGAGGCUCUGCAGCAGGAGGUGGUUGACUUGACGCAGAGGUAUGCACGCCUGGCAGAGGAAAACAAAGACCUCAAAACAAGGCUGCUGCGUUAUGAACCUGAAGAUGGAGCCACCACCGCUUACUAGACCACAGCAGCGGUUUGGCUUUAUUAAUAUAGAUUUAGUUUAUUUUGCUUUCAUUUUCAAGACACGACAACAGUAUUCAGUGAAGGCAGAGAAUUUUUAGGUAUAUGUUUUUGUAAAUGUUCUUUUCUACUAUGUUUCUUAGAAUUUAACUUAUUCUGUACAUGUAUGUAUAUAAGUUUGUUUCUUGUUUGCUCAGCCUUUAUCUUAGUUUUAUAGAGAAAUUGCUAAUAAUUUUAUUUUUCUGGCAUAGUUAUAACCACACCUAUACUGUGCAGAUCCACAUGAUAGUGUGACUAAGACACACAUAUUCUUUAUUUCCAAAGAUCUGGUGUAAGUAAACAGUUGUAGGUCACCAGUAAAAUAAAGCACAGUCUUGUUAUUUUGUUGUAUGAUUGAUUGAAAUCAUUUCUAAACAGCAA